CGCAAGACAGUCCGUCCCCCCCACGUCCUGUGUCAUCAAGUUCGGGUUCAAGCUCGUGCUGUUGACACAUGAUGGCGCGGGCCGUAGCGCUGGUCCUCCUCGUGUGCCUCGCCGCGCUGGGGCCGGCCGGGGCGCUCUACGAGGACCAGAUAGGGAAGUUUGACUGGGUGCAGCAAUAUGUGGGGGUGGUCACUCACGCGGUGUUUGAUGAGUCCAGUGUGCCUGCCCGGAGGAUCAUCGUAGCCACUGCCCAAAAUGUGCUGGCAGCGCUCUCUACCAAAAAUGGUGAGAUUGCGUGGAGACACAUCCUGGAGACCUCGGACACAGGCAAGGUGGACCUCCUAGCGAGCGAGGGUCCGCAGGUCACCACUGUGGCAGGAAACUUGCUGCGCAGUUGGGAUGCCGUUUCCGCCGCCCUGGUGGAGGAGAUCCAGCUGGACCACACGCCAGCGCCCGGAGUCCUGCAGCGAGGAGUGACUCUGAGUGACAGUGAGUUGGUGCUGGUGGAGGUGAUGGUGGGUUCAGUAGCCUUAACCACGCUGGACCGCUCCUCCGGUGCCAUGCUGGACCAGGAGACCCUCGCUGUCCCCUGGCUCACCCCAGACACCAGAUGUGCCUGCAGUGACAAGUCCUUGGUGUGUGUGGAGGUGUCUGUGGGUCUGUUGUUUGUAUUGCCACUGACCUCUGCCUCUCCAGCCUUCAAAUCUCAGCCUUUGACCUCCAUUGGCUUGCAGCAGAGUGAAAAUGCUCCAGAGGUGACUCUCCAGAGUGUGUCUGGGUCUCCUACCCACAUGAUCAUCCAGGUCGCUGAGUCGAGGAAGCUUGUUCACCUGCAUGAGAGUGAGCUGCACCUGGUGAGGGACCUGAGUGGCACCCGAGCCUCGGCCAUCACCGACAACGUCCUCUACACUGUGACACAGACGGGCAGGUUGGUGACAAUUGGAGCCAUGCAGCUGGAGUCUGGCGAGGAGCUGGGGGAGCAGGGCGUGGUGGUGGAGCUUCCUCUGCAGUCUGGCUCGGUCCUCUCCAUGGACGUUCAUCGCUUUGAACGGCGGGACGGUGGGAUGGCCCUGCGUGCAUUUGUCACUUGUUCUGACCAUGCUCUUCACCUCAUCAGCAGUGCAGGUGUUGUGUGGUCGAGGGAGGAAGCGCUUGCGUCUGUCAUUGCUGCUGAGUCUGUGGACCUGCCUGUAGAUGGCGCCAACAUCAACUAUCACGACAAGCUGCCACCUCUCACAGGUCUGCUCGGGAGUCUGGUGCAUCGGGUGCAGACGCAGUGCUCUCAGAUCAGCCACUGGUUCAAGUCAGUGACCGGUAGCACAGACUCGUUCCAGGAGUCCCUCAACACGCUGAAGAGAGAUGAGCUGAAUCUCCGGAAGCUGCUUGUUGUGGCCACCAGCAGCGGGAAGAUUCUGGGCAUUGACAGCUGGAACGGUGAUGUGGUGUGGAGCAUCUAUGCCCCCCUGCUUGCUCCUCUCCCAGGGAACAAGCUGCUGCUCUACUCACAGCGCACCUCUGCCCACUUCCCCCUCCAGCCGCAGUGUGUGGUGGUGGGCAGGCACAAGGUGACCGGGGAGGGCUUUCUAGUGCUAUUCAACCCCAUCUCUGGCACUACCACAGGGGAGCGAGGGGGAGUGGUGCCCCUGGGCUACCACCUGGCCCAAGCCUUCCUCAUGCAUUACCCGGAUGACCAGUACCUGAAGCCGCUGAUGCUGGUGGACAAGGAGCUGCAGCCCCACGUGUUCCCUGCCAGUGGGGAGAAGGUGGUUCUGGAGCACAAGGACUCCGUGUUUGUCCACCUCGCCCAGCCCGGCAGCAGCACCCUCACCGGCUACACCCUCAGGUUCUCCAAGCCAGGGAUGUUGACGCUCUCUGAGAUCUGGACGGUCUCCCUCGGGGGCGGACCCAUCACAGGCGUUCACGGCAAGUUGGUAUCCGAGAAAGUUCACUCCCCCGGCCGGGUGCUGGCAGACCGCUCGGUGCUCUACAAGUAUGUGAACCCCAACCUGGCUGUAGUCACCACCCAGGGGUACGACCACAUCAACAAAAACACAAUGAACCUGUACCUGAUAGACACGGUGACCGGGGCCGUCAUUGAGUCAGUCUCCCACAAGAAGGUGUCCGGACCUCUCCACAUCGUCCACUCGGAAAACUGGGUUGUCUACACACUCUUCAACGACAAGUACCGUCGCUUUGAGGUGACGUCCUUAGAGCUGUUUGAAGGCUUGAGUCAGGCCAAUGCCACAGCCUUCUCCUCCUUUGGCGGACGGGCAACCCCCCCCAUCCUGGAGCGGCAGGCCUACAUCAUGCCUGUGGGGGUGCAGGCGGCCACCCACACCACCACGGAGAAGGGCAUCACCACCAAGUUCAUCCUGUUUGCCCUGCAGUCUGGGAAUGUGCUUCAGAUGUCCAAGUGGUUCCUGGACCCCCGGCGGCCAGUGACGGGGGGGAUGAGGGAGGAGGGCCUCAUGCCUUACAUCCCGGAGCUGAGGAUUUCCCCGCACGACAUGAUCACCUACAACCACACUCUCCCCCGUGUCUCCGCCAUCUACACGGCUCCCACUGGCCUGGAGUCUGCCUGUGUAGUGCUUGUGUAUGGCUUAGACCUGUUCUAUACAAGGAUGUUCCCCAGCAAGAUGUUUGAUGUUCUGAAGGAUGACUUUGACCACUACCUGAUAGGAGGGGCGGUGCUGGCCCUGGCCGUGGCCGCGCUCAUCACCAGGAAGUUGGCCCAGAAGAAAGCUCUGAAACAGGCUUGGAAAUAGCAUUCACUUUGGGGGUCUUUUUUUCAUACAGAGGAAAUCAUGUAUUAUAUAUGUCACAUCAAGUCUUAAUGUACCUUUGAGUAGAAACAUGUAGGCAGUAUUGUUUGUUAAAGAAAAGGUCUACAGGGGAUCCCCAUUAUUGGCUGCCUUCUUAUUCGUUGUUUCACUCUCGCCGGUAAUGAUUUGUGGAAGGAAGCAAAAAGAUUCCCCAUUCUUUUGUCAUCUGUUUGCUCUUCAUAAUUUUAUCUUAGACAUUUUGUAAUCCUGCACCAUUUUAUUUAUUUAUUUAUUUUUUUACAUACCUGCAGCACCAGCAGGCUUUGAAUAUGAACCUAAUGGUUGGCCCUGGGCUGUUAGUGGAGCAGGCAAGUAUUUUAUAGUGGUACCAUUCUUGCUGGGCUUUUGCUGCCUUGCAGAGCUCCACUUAAUCCUUUUAAUAGAGUUUCUCUCGAGUCCGGGUUGAUGGGUGGUCAUCAGGAGAGCAUGUGGGUUGCCUGUGGCCACUCGGCAGUGUCUGAAAAUUGUCAUCUUUUAGUGUGGCAGGUGGGACUUGAACCCAGAUUGCCAGCACACCUGCAUGCUGGGCACUCAGCCACUGCCAUCUGCCCAAACCUUGACUCAAUGCUGCACUGUGUUACCACCAAAGAAGAUGGAAACAAUAAGGAAGAGUAAAAGUUGCAGGCAUACUGUUGACAGCAGAUGUGCCACAAAUGUCCCACCAACCACUGGUUGCUUCUUUGUGAAGAAAGUGUCACAGGAGAAAAAGGCUCAGCUUUUACCUGAGCAUUCUGUUGUCCUUGUCAUUUAAUCAUUUAUAAACAAAGAGACUUGUUAGCUUGUACAUGAAUCUGAGGGUUGAAAUGGCUGUAGUCAUUACUGGACGGGGUGGUUGACUUCUGAACCAAAACCAUGACAGUCUAUGCCUCAGUGUUGUUGGUGCUAACAGCCACAAUGCUGCAAUUUCUGCAAUGAAUGCUUUAGCUCUUUCAUAGCUGCUUUGUGGUGAAAAAUCUUGUCCAAUUAAUAAAGCAUCAGACUUCAUCCAGAAUUGAAUUGGCUGCCGCUGAAGUAGACUGCUCAGGUCUGCUUAUGUCUUAAUUAAACACCAUGUUAUUAAUAUGGGCAAAGAUGUUUCAUCAUGUUUCUGUGACCUGCAUUAGAGAUGAAUAAUGGGGACCCCCAGUAUAUAUUUUUUUCCCAUAACAUCUUCCCCCUGUAGGUGUGUAGCAAGUCAAAUGGUUUGGCAUACGGUACAGGGGUCCAAAGUUUCUAACCUGCUCGGCUAGAUCUCCAACACUACUUUCACCUGGCAUGCUGUGGGAUGAUACCUCUCCUCAACAUCCCAUGGCAUGCUCAGCACACUAGUGUGCUCGCCAUUCCUCCACUGAGGAGUGUGAAUAAGAUGUAAAUAUCUAAAAUAUCUGUACAUCUGAAAAGACAUGUGAUUAGUCAUGUUUGUACCUUACUGUUUCUGUUGAUGCUGCAGUUGGGGCUUAGUAGUUCUCUGAACAUAUGGACACUUGAGCCACUGGACAUUCUGUUGAUGUACGUUUAUUGAUCACGGUGCAGUCCCUGGCAGAAGUAGCUUUCCCAUGUGAAUCCUUGAGCUGCCCAGGAUCCACAUUCUCCUGCAUCAUGGGAAUGUAGAAUGAAAACGUAUGGUCUCACUUUUGAUCUAGCAAGUCAUCCUUGGGCUUGGGACGGGAGGGUGCAGUGGUGCAAGAAGCAGGGAUGCAGUUACUACUUAGUGCUGCUUGAAGUGUAAGUUUUGGGAAAUAGUGUCUGCUUAUGGGAAGCUGUCAAGGUGGAAGAGAUAAGAAUAGUUAUGUUCAUUACUGUGUAACUAAUGCAACUUUGCAGUCUUACAAUAAGAGUUUCUUACCCUUAUGCUCUGCAACAACAUUAUAUAUAGUCAGUGAAUUAUGGGCAUAAUAGUUAGUAGAUCACAGCAUGUACAGCCUUAAUUCUGUAAAGAGGGAAAUGCUACUUCUGUCAGGAACUGAAUCUUUUUCUUACUCUAGUUAAAUCAUUAUAUUCUUGAACUGUGUCAAGGAGUCAAUAUAUGUAAACAUUUUGCUGUAAAAAUCUUUAGAGGAUUUUGAGAACUCAUGCAGUGGAUCCAAAGGGCAGUAAAUUUAAGACAUUCUCAUGGGUAAUAAAGGAGAAUUGUAGAUUGUAAGGUUGCUACAAAGCAAAUAUUUAUCCUAUGUUCCAUUGUUAAGAAGCGUGUGAGCCUGUCUUUGUUAUCAAGUGAGGUGCAAUCCUUUUUGUUAAAUUUUGAUCCUUAAAGUCACUUACACUGUGAACCUUUAAUAUGUAAUAGAAAUAGAUUUACUAAGUCAUAAAGUUAGAAGUAUUCUGGUUAGACCCAUUUUGACCCUCCAACACUUCCAUUCAUUGUAGCUUAUUUGAAUAGGAGUUGUGUGGUCUUUAUUUGUAAAGAUAGAACACCAUAUUCAUGUAUUUGCAUCUACCCUGCCUGGCAUCUACACCAGUGCCUGUUCAUCCUUCCCUCUCAACUAUUUUGUCAUUGGGAGAAUAGAACUGAAACAUGUCCUGUAAGUCUAGCUUUAGGGAUGGUUGACAAAAUUGAAUUGGGGACAUUUCAGCCUUGCAGAAUAAUGCUGGUGCCUCUUGGGGGGGAACACAAAAUAAGUUCUUUGUUUGACACUGAUGGAAGUUAUUGUACACAGUAAAUUAUAAAUAUUCUAGUAUCAGUAUUUGAAGACUAUUAGCUGCUACUUAUUUUAUAAAACUACAAAGACUUAGCAAAUUGUGAAGCAAGGAAACAUUGAAACAAUGUGUGAACAUAGCCAUAAUAAUGUAAAUAUGGUAUCUGUAUAUUAAAGUAAACAUUGUGUUGCUGAAAUGAGAUUCACAAUAUUGAUAUACGUAAUUAUGGUCCGAUAGUUUACAUAGGUGUCUGAUAGACUAGUAAAUGGUUUCAACACACCAAGGAGUUAGACCAAAGUAAGCUAUUACAGCUGACCCACAACUGAAAAAGUUGGUACAGUGCAGUAGGUGCUUGACUUCAAAGUUAUGCUGGUAAUGUACUCAAAGGAAGCACUAACACUUUAUUGUUUAAACUUACAAAGUGACCUUUUUGUAUGAACUGUUUGGAGGCAUAAUUAUGCCGAGAAAGUGUCUGCAGCGCAACAUUUACACACCACCUUAAGCUUAAUUUAGACUACCAGGGCUGUAUUUUCAAUGUCCAAAGAGAAAUUUAUGCAAAAAUAGACCUUUAGCUAUUCCCAAAGUCUGCCAUGGUCAAGUCUGUGAAGCAGAGGUACUGAAAAGUAAAUGUUUGAAUGCUAAAAAUUCCUCACGAUUACAGCAUGUGUGUAAAAGGUUUCUCUGAGAAAAAGGUAUUUUGAAUUUUAAUUAGUUACUAUCUACUCUCAUCUUGGGAAGGUCUUUUAACAGGAGCUGUGAGACUCCUCCCACAUUACCAUUCAGGGUCCAAAGCUUUGCUGAGAGUUUCAACUUCAUAUAGUUGAGGCAGUAACUGGAAACCAAGACUAACUGGCAUGCAUUCAAAAUACAGCCAUGGAUCUCUCAAUAAUUGUCAUGCAUAUUAACAUAUAAAUGACAGUGAAAAUGAGCAGUUGAACAACAAUCAGGACUACAGUGUUGGCGGCAGUGCAGCCUGAUACAUCCACGGGGAGGUGGAACUGUGUUAUGAGAGUUUGUAAAAUGUGUCAUACUACCUUAAGGCCUGCUCUUGAUGGUGUACAUGUAUAUAUUUUGUAAACUAUGUCAUAACUUAUUUUCUGUGGAAUCCAGGAACACAAGGGUGAUGUGGGGUAAUGCUUCAGGAGAGAUGUCAGUGACCCUGAUGUUUAAAGUUUUGAACAAGUUACAGUGUACAUAAAAGGUGAAGAAA